AUUAUCAAUAAAUUUAUUUAUACAAUAUAUUGAUUUAAACCAACAAUAAUAUUGUAUUAGAAUUAAUCAAAUAUAACUCAAAAACUAUUAACAAUGCGUUCAUCAUUAGUAUGUGAAAUAUGUAAUGACAAUGGAGUUGGUCGAAAUUUUAGUGUCAUUACAUGCGAGUCAUGUAAAGUAUUUUUCAGGAGAAAUGUUUUAAAAAAUAAAACAUAUAAAUGUAAAAGAAAUGACAAAUGCAUUAUUAAUGUCAUCACAAGAAAUUCGUGCAAAAGAUGUCGUUUAAGCAAAUGUAUUGAAAAAGGCAUGAAAUCUGAAUUAAUAAAAGACAGCAAACAAAAGGCAAUUAUAUAUAUGAAUCAAAAGAGAAAACGUCGAAAUUGUCGCAAACGGUUUACAAAUGAAAUCAAUGAUGAAAAUGGUGUUGUGAUAAAACAUAUGACUAACACUAAUACAUGUAAUGACAAUAUAUUGGAUCAAAUCGAUGACAUUGAGUAUGUGGUCAACAAUAAUAAUAUCGAUGAUAUGUAUAAUAUAUGGCAACAAGUUUUACAGUCUUCUUUAAAUCCCGUAUUUCCAGUCAUUAACGACUUUAACAGCUUUAAUGUCUAUGAAUCUAACUGUUUGUCUCAAUUGUUUAAUGCCUCACAAAUAUUUAAAUAUAUGAUAUUAAAUACAUGUAACAUAAUUGAGAUCAAAAAUAUUAUUCAACUCUAUGAGGAAGCGAUAUAUUUGGAUAUAGAUAUUAAAAGAUUUUCAAAAUUUUGUAAUUCCUUGAAUGCAUUUAACGCUAUUUGUAAUGACGAUAAAAUGACAUUAAUUAAGUUUGGAUUUUUGGAGGCAUUGCUACUCAGAUACUCAAUGAUGUUUAAUAAGUCUACUAAUUGUUGGAAAGCAACUUUAGGAAGUAAUAAAACUAUUUGCAUUAAAUUGGAUAUAUUAAUGAACGAACCACGAAAUAUGUAUGGAGUUUACAAAAGUUAUUUCGAUAACAUUAUUCCUGAACUGCAAAAAGAUUUUAUUGUUUUAGAUUUGCUAACAGUAAUUGCAUUAUUUAAUCCCUAUCGACCUAAUCUUAAACACAAAGAAACUAUAAAGCCGCAAUUUUGGUGUCCUAACCUGUGGUUCGUGUAAAGCAUUUUUUCGGCGUAACUCAUCCAACAAAAAACAAAAUUCGAUUUGCAUUUAUGGUAACAGUUGUCAAAUAAACGUAUACUCCAGGAAAUUAUGUAAAAAAUGUCGUCUAAACAAAUGUUUUUCAAUGGGAAUGAAAACUGAAUUCAUAUUAAAUGCUAAGCAAAAAGCAAUGAAAAAACAAAAGAUUGAUUCAAACAUAAUAAAUAA